AUGUUUACUCGUUUGCCAUUUUUAUGUGAUUUACAUCAUCAGUUAAGUAAUUCGGGUUCAAUUAUUAUAUCACAAGCCUAUAAUAAACAUCGUUCAAUAUUUGUCCAUAAUUCAACAAGUUCAAUUGCUAUUGUUCUCGUUCGGCAGUUAUCACCGCCAAUAAAUAGUGAUGUCGUUUAUCGAAAUAAAGAUGAUUAUGGGUGUUUAUUUAACGAUGAAUGUUCUCCAAUGAAUAGUGAAAGAACUGAAAAAUUUGUCACAAGUACUAGAAUAUACGCAUCAGCGUUAUACGAUCGUUGGUUUCAUGAAAAUUCCAGAUGUUAUCAACCAAAUAUUCUAAUAUUAAUAGUAACUGAUGGAAUUAUUAAUGAUAUUCGUAAACUACCACAUAUAACUAUACAUACGGGUGAAGUUCGCCUCAUUCCUAUUCUUUCAAAUAUUCAAUUAGAAUCAACGAAUGGUAUUUUACAAGGUUGGCCAUUACAUAUUGUAAUUGCUGAUCUCAUUGAUCAAUUAGGUUAUGCAUUACGCGAUUUUUACGCGUUAAAAGGCGGUAUUCGUGUGCAUUUAAUACCGAAAUGGGCAAUUUAUGUUUUUAUUAUUUGCGGUAUUCUUAUUGUAACAGCAUUAAUUAUUGAAUGGUACAUUGUACGACGAAAAUUGGCAGUUAAACGAAGUAUUUCGGCAAUUCAAUUACAAGCUAUUAAAAGCAAAACUCAUAUGAUUUUUAAUUGA